UCCCUUGGGAGAGUACUUUGUUUAUAGCAACAAAAAUGGCGCUGCUCGUUCGGGAUCCGAAAGGUGCAGAGUAUGCAACCGCCGAGCAAGAACUCCAAGAAAGGAUUUUAACUAUAUAUGGAACUACGGAAAAUGAAGAUCAAUUAUUCAGGCCUGACCUUGCUGACCAGCACAAGGUUGGUUUCUUCGGACUUGACCGCGGGUCGCAGACAAAUGUUACGGAGAUUGUUGACCUUAAGGAGAUGACAGAGGUCCUCCAAAUUCUCUUACAGGAUGUUGCUACGUUAAAGAGAGAUAUAAACUUUGCCAAGCAUGUGAUGCAAGCAGAUUAUGAAUCUAAAUUACAACAAAAGUCUCUAGAACUGUACUGCAGAAUAAAUGAGCGUGUAACUGAUUUAGAAAAGAUGCAUGAAGAGAGAGUGGGAACAGUAAGAAGGGCAUUUAGACAACAGCUUUCAGAUGCAAUAGCUAGGGUAGCAGUACUGUAUAAUAAAAAUCUUCAGCGUAAGGUACGAAUGGAAAAGUCAAAGCACGAGGGUGACGCUGACAAGCUGGAGGAGAAGUACAAAGAGUUGCAGCAGACGAUACAGAGGAAUGAGUCCAUCAUACAUAUGUUGAAGAUGCAGAUACAACAACUACAGAAUAAAGAGCCGAGUGUAGCAGACAGCCCAUCAUUAGCCGACUCCGGACGACCAUCAGCGGUGACACCUCAAACUCCGAGUUCCGCGGGUAAAGCUAUGAGUUUCGGCGAGAGUCCACCGACAACUGCAGUAACGUCAACAAGACCUCCGAGUGUCCGAGAGAAGGGUGUACAAGCAAAGAUCAAACCUUUGACAAAAAAUAAAGAAGUACAGGUUGAGGACUCAAUAGCGUCCAAGUCUCCGAGUAUUAACCACGAGGCAGAAGCUCUGAAAGACGAGCUCGAUGAAGUCACGAAAAAACUCAGUAAGAUGGAAGAUGACUUGCAGGAACAGGAAAAUGAAAACAAGGAACUCAACAAAGAAAUCAAUAAACUUGGAGAUGAACUUACUAAUGAGAGAAUGGAAAAACAACAGCUUCAGAUAGAGAUUGAGACGAUGAAGAAUGCAAUAGAUCAGGAUAGGAACAACUCACAGAAAAUGAUGGCAAAACAGAAAGAAGAAAUGGAGAGAAUGAUGCGUGAAAAAAUGGCCCAGGCACAACUAGCUACAAGUGAAGCAGCCGAGGCCCAGCUACGAGCUAGAGAGCAGGCCGAGAAAGAUAAGAUGGCGCAUUUACAUGAUCAGGAGAGGAAACUCAAGGAAGAACUUGCUAGGGUCUUUCAAGGCAAACUUAAUGAGGAAAGAGCAAAACUCGCGGAGGCAUUGAAAGGUGAUACAGAUGUGAAUAAAAUACGAAAAAGUGAACAAAUGCUGCGGGAGGAAGUUGCAAGACUAAAACGUGAAAUUGAGCGUAUACACAGAACCUGGGAAAAGAAGUUUGCCAUCUUGCAACAGAGUUUACAUGCAUUGAAAGAUGAGAGUUAUAUAAGACAACAAUUACAGAGACAGGCUGCUAAUCUUCACCAUGCUGCAGUUAGCUACUCAGCCGAUGCUCCAAUUGGAAUUCAUCCUUCAUCAAAGCAUGCUAGCCCUACUAAAAGACCAUUGCCUGAUAUUCCAAAAUAUGCAAAACCUAUCAAUCCGAAUGCUACACCAGGCGCACCACAAGAGAAAGACUAUAUAUCUUACACGGUGUCGGCACCCAGCGGACGUGGAACGGCAAUCUUCUCUACAGAUGAAAACCAGAUUAUGUCAGAGAAUGACAGAGAAGAUAUCCCAGCUGAUGUUGUGCCUCUACCUGAAAGACCUGCAAGACUAGGGAAUCAACAGAAUUUGACAAAAGUUACGUGGUAAGAAACAAUGUAAAUUACAACUCUCUUGAAAAUUUCACUAAUUUGUAGAGAAUAUUUCUGCACUGAGCAUGCUGAAAGCUUGAAAUCCCCUGGAUCAUACAUUUAUCAUGCUUCUACAUGACAUAGAUCUUUGUUAUUUUCAUACUUC